AUGGAAACCAGGAAAAAACCCCAGAAGAGAGUCAUCAAGUUCAGCAUUCCCGGCAUGAAGCCAAAUGUCAGACUUAAAGUCUUCGAUAACGUCGAGUUUCACGUCCACAAAGUUCUCCUUCAAGUACACUCAAGGUUCUUCCAAAAGUUCUUGGAUUCACCCGAGAAGAAGAUCCCAGCAUCCGAAGACUUUGCGUAUGAAUGGGCGACUAUAAUCGAGGAAGAUGGAAGCUGGCAUUUGGUAUCUGCGCAAUCUAUCCCUGAAAAGGAGCUUAGCAAAGUACGAGAAGAACAGACAUUUGAAAGCCUCCUGAGAGCAAUGUACGGCCGACCAUAUCUACUCGAGGAGGUGGAAGAUCUACUUCGAUUGACAGACAUUGCCGACUACUAUUGCGCUCUUCUUGUUGUAUCAAGAACGGUCGAGGCGGCUUUGAUGCCAGCAGCCUAUCACCUAAGGAACGCCACCCUCUUUAGGGAAUGCCUCGCCUUUAUUCUAUCUCAAUGGUCAGACAUUGACGUCCGCCUCGAGUCUCAACAGCUCAUAAACAUUGUCCAUAGGAGUCAAGAAGAGAUUAGCCUACGAAUGGAGAAAUUGAACGAAGAGAUUCUUUCCAACCUGCAAGUCCUGUUCGAAGCGAAUCCAGAGACACACAGAGCUAUAUGGGACUAUAUUCGGGACGCUGCAACUACUGCAAAAAUAAUUUUCCCUCCUAGGGGGCUUCUCUCGCUCCCAACCUACUAUCGUAAGCUUUACGACUGCCAGCUAGACGGAGCAAAUGAAGUAUUCUCAAGUUUUCAGCUGGACGAGCUUUUGUCAAAAAAGUCUACUUUCAACCAGGAGUUGGUGGCGGGAAUGGACCAGGGUGGAGAAGAUUCGUUCUUCUGUGCGAUGAUAAGUACUGGGGAUCUGCCAUGGGACCUGACUGAAGAAGAUUGGUAA